AUGGAGACUCCCGAGGCUUCAAUUUUAAUCUCCACACCUUUGCAACCCCACAAGAAGCCUCCCAUUACCACCACCACCACCACCACCGUCAGGAACGCCGUCAACAUGUCGGGAGCUGGUGUGAGUUCAUGUUCCCUCUCCACCCAUCACUGUGAAAUUAUUGUAAAUCUAACCCAACCAAUCGCUAGAACCGCGAAGCGGUCUUCGCAACCCGCCAGUCCUUGGGCGUAAUGAAAUCCAAGCUCAAAGGCGCCGAAACAGGUUCAUCCUCCAUCCCGCACCCCCUCCGGCAAGCGCAUAGCCAAAACUAACAGGAAUGUCCAAACAAAACUAAGGCCAUAGUUUGCUCAAGCGAAAGUCUGAGGCUUUAACAAAACGUUUCCGUGAGAUAACUCGCCGCAUCGAUGAAGCCAAGCGAAAGAUGGGCCGCGUAAUGUCGAUCGCUGCCUUCUCCCUUGCGGAAGUCACGUACGCCACCGGCGGUGGCUCCAACCUGAAUUACCAAGUGCAGGAGAGCGUCAAGACUGCUAGGUUCCGCGUGAGGACCAAGCAGGAGAACGUGUCUGGCGUGCUGCUGCCCGUCUUUGAGAGCUACAUCGCGGAGGGGAACUCGGAUUUCGGUCUCACGGGUUUGGGCAGGGGUGGGCAACAGGUGCAGCAGUGCAGGGAGGUUUAUGGGAGGGCGGUGGAGACACUGGUUGACUUGGCGAGUCUGCAGGUAUAGUUACCCACCACUACCUUAAACGUGAGGGAGGAAGGGUGGAUGCAUGGCUGACCGCAAGGCUAUGAUGGCGAAUAUAGACGGCGUUCGUAAUCCUCGACGACGUUAUCAAAGUCGUUAACCGUCGUGUCAAUGCUAUCGAGCAUGUUAUCAUCCCUCGCACAGAGAACACGAUCAAGUACAUCAACAGUGAACUUGAUGAGCUAGACCGCGAGGAAUUCUACAGGCUUAAGAAAGUGCAGAGGAAAAAGCAUCGUGAUGCUGAGGAGGCAGACAAGAAUCUUCGUGCCAAGAUGGCGGAAGCAGGGAUUACUGCAACUGAUAAGACCUACGAUAGGGGUGAGGGUGUUCCAGAUAUCCUAGGAGAAAAGGAGGAUGAGGAUCUCAUUUUUUAAAGAUGGGAUUGGUGUCUUUCUCUGCUUGGGUAGCAGAGAGUGCUCUUUGCCCUCUUUCGGAUGAAUACCUUACCCGUGAUAGGCUUUCUUUUUUGCCCCCGCAUACCUUACUUUUCUUCCUCAUUUUUUUUCUUUCCCUUUUCCCUCUUGCACUUGCACUUUGUAAAUACCCCCCAGUGCCCCACAUCAACUCCAUCAAUAGCAGGCAUUUGGGUCC